UGCCAGCGAAGUUCACAUUAUUUUGUUGAUAUCCAACUGGCACUGCAAACAUUGUGUCACAUGACUCUCCGGAAUAAAACAGAGCGAAAACUCAUUCUGGUAACGAUGGAGCUGCACAAUUUGAUGCAAUUUCUGGUCAUAUUGUCUUCGAUCUUGCAAGGCCUAAAUACUGCUUGUGUUGACAAUGAUCAAAGAUGCAGUGGUUGGGCUAAAUCAGGUGAAUGCAGUUCAAACCCUGGUUACAUGCUGAGCAAUUGUCGAAAGAGUUGUGAUAAAUGUGAGGAGAAGUGCAAGGAUAAAGAUACUGACUGCGAAGACUGGGCCAAGCAAGGGUUUUGUUCCAAAUCGAGCCAGUGGUACUCAUUCAUGAAAGACAACUGCCAAGAUACCUGCAAGAUAUGUGCAUCCAAAGCUGAGGAAGUCAAGCCUUGCAAGGACAUUGAGAAAGAUUGUGUUAACUGGAAAAGGGCCGGAUAUUGCGCCAAAUCGCAAUCAUUUUUUAGUUUUAUGCAGAAGAACUGCAUGAAGACUUGUGGUUUUUGUAAAAAGGCGGAGAAAGACAAGACGAGAGAAACGAUUACAUCGACUUGCAAGGAUCUUUACGACACAAAAGAAUGCGCAAUAUGGGCAAAAUCCGGUGAAUGCAGCAAAAAUCCAAAAUGGAUGCAUGUUAACUGUCAAAAGAGUUGUGGGAAGUGCAAAGGCACUAAAUCUGGGGCAAUUAGUUCUCUUAAAACUGAUAAGCUUAUCAACGGCCCUUAUUGUGGCUUGAGGCUGAAGGCUCGUGUGGUAGGAGGUCAGGAUGCCGCUGUCGGCGAUUGGCCCUGGCAAGUUGGUCUCGUUUUCAAAAGGGCGCCUGGACGAGUUUUCUGUGGUGGAAGUUUGAUUAACAAACAGUGGGUUGUAACCGCUGCCCAUUGCUUUGGAAGGCCCGGGAAGAUGACAAAACAACCUGAUGAAUACCAAGUGAGGCUGGCGGAACAUGACCUUGAUUUGUCAUCAGGUAGGGAAGUUGUCAUGGGCGUCACUAAGAUCAUAAGACAUGAAAACUACAAAGCCGGUUCCUAUGACAACGAUAUCGCGUUGGUGAAAUUGGAGAAGCCAGUCGAAUACAACCAGCUUAUAAAACCAGUUUGCUUGCCAGAGCAAGGCGAAGACGAAAAGGCCGAUGAAAGCUGUUAUGUCACUGGGUGGGGACGAACCACAGAAGGUGGAAAAACUGCUAAAGUAUUGCAGGAGGCCAGGAUUCCAAUCAAAGACAAGAAAACCUGCAAAGACACACUGGGAAUCGUUGGUUCCUACACUGACAACAUGAUUUGCGCUGGUUACAAGGACGGUGGGAUUGACGCCUGUCAGGGAGACAGUGGAGGCCCUUUUGUAUGUAGCAAAGGGGGAAGAUUCAAUCUAGUGGGCGUGGUCAGCUGGGGGCGUGGCUGCGCAAGGAAAAAUCUUUAUGGAGUGUACGCAAAAGUGAGCAGCUAUACAGACUGGAUCAAAAGCAAGAUUGCAUCGUCGUAGGCCACAUUAUAACGCGUCUUUAGUUUGAUGACUUUUAUAAGAAUGAUACAGUAAUUAAAGAUUCUUAAUAUAUUACGUAUGUAGACAUUGUGAUUUUGAAUAACACAAUGAAAGUUUUAAAUGCAA